UGAGCAUUACACACAGAGGCUCUGUAAUUGUUUGCAACAAUGGCGACGACCACCACUCCUCUCUAUUUUUCCUCUUCAAUUCCAAAACAAAGCUACUCUACAAAUCCACACACCGUUUCUUCUCUCUCUUCUCGCAUCUCCAACGCCAAACGAUUGUCUCUCUCUGUCCGAUCACUGCCACAACCGGCGGCGGCGGUAGUAGUGGCUGAAACCGCUAGUGCAGUUGUGGAAGUUGAGCCGAAGAAGACCGCUGCUACUCCGUCCAAUUCUCUGCCUUUCCGAGCCAGGUAUGGCUUCGAUCUCCACAGAUUGGAACCUAGAUACCCUCUCAUCAUCAGCGGCAUCGAUAUCCCCCACGAUAGAGGCUGCGAAGCUUACUCUGAUGGUGAUGUGUUGCUUCACUGUUUUGUUGAUGCAAUCUUGGGUGCUUUAUUGGGCAGAAGCUUUGAUGACACUGAGCCAUACCUUGCAAAUAAUAAGCAAACAGGUAGAGUUCAUGCUGUGCCUGAUAACAACCUUUUAAAAAGUUUGCUGUAGAGAAAGACAAGGCCAGUAAUGUUGCAAAGAUCAAAGUUGUGCUGUGAAAGAGGCCACUAAAUAAAAAGGAGCGGGCAAAUUUGUUUUUUUGGAAAUUAGUAGAUCACAGAAGCUCUAAAGAAUGUAGUUCCAGCAGUCCUAAAUAUAGAACUCCUCUUCCUAAAGAGAUUAUGGAAUCAUUGAUGAAUGGUGAAUUGGUUUUGCCUUA